UCGAGCAGCAGCUUCUGAAGAACCAGGAGCCGCAGGGUCACCUUUCCUCUCCCGCUGCUCCACACUCUUCCGCACUGCUCCACACUCCUCACCCGGACAUCAGACGUUCUCCUCUGGCCGAUUGUGGUGUCGCCCGUGUCUCCGCUUCCGCCACAUAUGUGUCAGGAGCCGGCAGAUGUGCGUGACGGGCGGGGUGGUGCUGCUAGCUGCUCGCUGAUAAGAGAUAAACUGGGUGAAGUCGCCUGUGAAGCGCAGAUAAAAGAGACAAUAACCGUCACAACUCGACAAUGCAGCGGCGGCAGGCUCGCAGCUGGACGGCUAUGGAGGCGGUGUGUUGACCUGCGGGCUGCGGAGCUGACAUGGACCUUAUCUCACCUCGACACCACUUGUUUAUUAUCACCGGUUAAUGUAUUUGACUCCCCUGUGGGGAAUUUCGCUCGCAUCUAGGACAAUGUGGCUGUUAGUCCGCACGUCAGGUUGUACACACGGAGGGCAUUUGUCCCGACUGAGACUGACCCAGGCCAGGGGGCUAUCCCAGGGGCUCCGCCUGACCCUCUCAGCGGUCCCCCGUAGGAGGAGCGGGGUUAGCUCCUCACUCCACCCGGCAGCCAGACCCCUCAACUCGGUCCUGCCCCGCAGCUCGCUCUCCAUCCUCUGUUUACCCCCGUCCGAGUCCACAGCCCGAGCACGGGCAGUCGCAUGCACACCUGUCGCCUUCGCCAGCUCCUCAGCCGGCUCCUCGUCCUCCCCGCAGACCCAGCCAGACACGGAUAGGGAACAGACGCCGACCACCGUCCCUCUGGAGGAUGUGAAGAGGAUUGUGGGACUCGCUCAUCCAGAGAGAUGGACACUGGCAGCUGCUUUUGGAUUCCUAACUGUCUCCAGUGCAGUCACCAUGUCUGCACCGUUCCUCCUCGGUAAAGUGAUCGACACCAUUUACACCACUGGAACAGACACCGAGGCGAUGACGGCUUCCCUGACGUCAUUAUGUAUCAUGCUGACGGGAGCGUUUCUGUGUGGUGGAGCAGCGAAUGCUGCCAGAGUCUACCUCAUGCAGCUCUCAGGUCAGCGGAUUGUUAGUAAUCUUAGAACCUCCGUCUUCUCCUCCAUUCUCAGACAGGAAGUGGCAUUUUUUGACCGGAACAGGACCGGGGAGCUUAUCAACCGCCUCUCUGCUGACACAGCAGUAGUUGGGCGCUCAAUCACAGACAACCUUUCAGACGGUCUGAGAGCUGUCGCCCAGGCAGCUGCUGGUGUCAGUAUGAUGUUCUACGUCUCCCCCAGUCUUGCGAGCUUUGUGUUGAUGAUUGUUCCUCCUCUGGCCGGUCUUGCGGUCGUCUAUGGUCGAUAUCUUCGCUCCAUCUCCAAACGCACACAGGACGCACUCGCACAAGCUACAGAGUUGGCGGAGGAGCGCAUCAGCAACCUGCGGACGGUCAGGGCUUUUGGUAAAGAGCUGUCAGAGGUCAGCACAUACGCAGAGAAGACAGACCAGGUCCUCCGCCUGGCCAAGAAGGAAGCUUUGCUACGAGCUGGUUUCUUUGGAGUGACUGGUCUCAGUGGAAACAUCAUGAUCCUGUCAGUGCUCUACAAAGGAGGCCUUCUUAUGGCCAGCCAGCAUAUGACAGUUGGAGAGCUUUCAGCGUUCCUCAUGUACACCUUCUGGGUGGGCAUCAGUAUCGCAGGACUGAGUUCAUUCUACUCUGAGCUGAUGAAGGGUUUUGGAGCAGGAACCCGACUUUGGGAGCUGCUGGACAGAAAGCCUGAGUUCCCUCUCAACGAGGGUCUAGUUCUCCCUGUAGACCAACUGAAGGGUGAGCUGCAGUUCUCUGAUGUCUCUUUUGCCUACCCGACCCGAAAAGAGGCUCCUAUUUUCCAGAACCUUAGUCUGCUGGUCCCAGCUGGAACCAUCAUGGCAGUGGUGGGAUCCAGCGGGUCGGGAAAAUCGACCCUGGUCUCGCUGCUGCUCAGACUGUACGACUCCGAUGGAGGUAUCAUCACCAUAGAUGGUCAUGACAUCAGGGAUCUAAAUCCCUAUUGGCUGAGGCGUCACAUUGGAACUGUCAGCCAGGAGCCCGUGCUGUUCUCUUGCUCCAUCAGGGAUAAUAUAGCGUAUGGUGCAGAUUUCCCCGACGCUGUGGCCACAGAAGACAUUUACAGAGCAGCCAGAGAUGCUAACGCCUAUGAUUUCGUCCAGGCUUUUCCUGAUGGCUUCGACACUAUAGUGGGGGAGAAAGGAGUGCUGCUGUCAGGUGGUCAGAAGCAGAGGAUAGCCAUAGCCAGAGCUUUGCUCAAGAAUCCAAAGAUCCUUCUUUUAGACGAGGCAACCAGUGCACUGGACUCUGAGAAUGAGUUCCUGGUCCAGGAGGCAUUGGAGCGCCUGAUGGAAGGGAGAACGGUCAUGAUCAUCGCUCACCGUCUGUCCACCAUCAAGAAUGCGAACGCUGUGGCGGUGCUAGAUCAGCGCCGCGUGGCCGAGUGUGGUCAGCACACAGAGCUGCUAGGCAACAGGCAAGGGCUGUUCAGAAAACUGAUGGAGAAACAGACAUUUCUGCAGGAGGAACAGACACAAGCCAUGCGCUGAGAGGACAGUGAGUAGAGACGCAUGGAAUCAGAGGCGGAGGAAAUCUGGAGAUGAGUUCAGUGGAUUGCUCCACAAUGAGAUGAAAUGCUGCCUAAAGACGGAGGAGAAAGAGGAAUAAAUAAAUUCUAUUAUUUUUCUUGGAAUGGAGGACGCUGAAGGAAAGCAGAGGAGGACUAGAGAUGGGAGAUAUGGAAGCCACUGAGAAACAUAAAGGGAUUUUCUUCAAUGCUUUGAGUCCCUUCACCACUGGAAUGACUAAUUGUAAUGGAAACCCAGGGUAAUCCACAGUGAAGACCUAAGUACUGAAACAUGGAUCAGUGAAGUUAUAGAGAGACUUUCUUUUGAUAAUAUAUUUUUAUUCUACACUGAAAUAAUGAGACCGGGAGAGAGGCUGAGUGUGAAAACGAGACAGGAUGGAGAGUGACACUCCUCAAACUCGAGGCUCAUGGAUUUAAAUCACUGUCACUACUGUAGCUUUGAAGAGAAGCUCCAAUCCAGCUUUAACUAGAAGGGCACUCACAGAGGGCAAACCUCCGCCAGGGCUAAUGCCAUAUUCCGUCAUGUGAAAGAAAUUGGAUCCUGUUUUUUUUUUUGUGUAAUCCUGUUUACAGACAAACAGCAACGAGAGCUUUAGUAGUGCAGGCAAUUAUUCAGACAAACAAAAGACAAACCUUCUUUCAUUGAAUUAGAUGUGACACUUAAUUUCGUUGUCACUUUUAUGAUUUUCAUAACUAAAUUGGAAAACAGUCAGUCUAGGAUGUUGGAUACAAGUGUUUAUGUAUCACAGAUUUUUCUAUUCAGAGCAUCUUCCUGCCAUUUUGAAUUGUAAACAAGACAAAUGAAGCAGAUAUUCAUCAUUUCUACACUGUGCUGUCAAAGAGAACACUAGUCGGACAUAGCUAAUUAAUGUACUGUAUGCACAUUUGUUGUGGGAAAGAAGAGCAGCAGUACUGAAAGUCUCAGCUGACGAGCUAACAUGGGACUUACUGUCUAGUUUUCUUGCCUUGGAUUUAAGUGCCAGCCCUGGAAAAUGUCAUCAUUCAACCCUUCACCAUUUUAUCUUUUUCCAAAAAGAGCUAAAUAAGUGACUUUCUUGCUCUUGACAUUAAAUUAUGGAAAAGCUGAAACAAGCAUUAGAUCAUGUGAGUGUCAUCUGACCUGAUUAUAUUGUGACACGUUCUUCCCUCCAUGCUCUGCUCCUUAUUAAGUGUGCCUGUGUACACUUGGCCUUCAAUGAAGUCUAUACAAACAGCUCUUAAACCCCCUACAUGUCGGCCUCCGCGCUGUUGAGCCGGUUAAAUAUUAUCGCUGGCUCUGAGAGUCUGACUAUGAAGUAAUGAUUCUCCUCAGUGACUAUUUGACUCGUAAAAACCCAGUUCACCGCUCUGAGAGUGGAUUUUCUUGUCUUGUUUACACCACACAUGCAAAUGCCUUGAGCUGUACUUCUCUGUGACCUUAAAGUAAGUCCAGAUCUGUUUCUAGAAUUGUACAUCAGGAAUGACCCACCAAUGUUCUGUUGCUGUCGUGUUGUAUAUGUUGAACAAGCGUCCAUUGUUUAGCAUCAAAUACUUGAAUCUUUGUGGAUGUAACAUUUUAUCCACGAUUUAAAGGCAGUCAUUCUUGGAAUUAAAACAACACUGAUCACUUA